AAGGAUGAUGUUUCCUCAGGUUCGGCCCUGAACGACGGCCAGUGGCACUCUGUGGACCUGAUCUCAGGACGAGGACGUCUGACUGUCAUGGUGGACGGAGACGAAGCAGCUGCAGCUCACGCCAGCCCUUCGUUUGUUAUCACUGCAGGAGGUCAACUGUUCUAUGGUGGUUGUCCUUCUGACAGCAGCAGUCAGUGCAUGAAUCCCUUCAGAGCGUUCCAGGGCUGCAUGCGUCUCCUGACUGUGGACGACCAGCCGGUGGAUCUGAUCCAGGUGCAGCAGAGGCUGAUGGGAAACUACAGCCACCUGCAGAUCGACAUGUGUGGCAUCAUCGACAGAUGUUCUCCGGGUCGCUGCGAACACGAAGGCGGCUGCACUCAGUCCUGGACCACCUUCCGCUGCAACUGCUCCGGCACCGGCUACACCGGCGCCACCUGCCACAGCUCCAUCUACGAGCAGUCCUGUGAGGCCUACAAGCACAGAGGCAACACGUCGGGGUUUUACCACGUGGACGUGGACGGCAGCGGACCAAUCAGGCCGCAGCUCGUCUACUGCGACAUGACAGAGGACCAGACGUGGACGGUGAUCCGGCACAACAACACCGAGCUGACCAGAGUCGGAGGCGGCGCUCGGCACUCGGCUCACUUUGAAUACGCGUCUGAUGAGGAGCAGCUGGCGGCGAUCAUCCGCCAAUCGGAGCACUGCGAGCAGGAGCUGGCCUACCACUGCAGGAAGUCUCGCGUCCUCGGCUCAGCAGAGGGCUCUCCGGUCAGCUGGUGGGUCGGCGGUCCGGACGGAGGUCAGGUGCAGACCCACUGGGGCGGAGCUUCACCGGGAAGCCAGAGGUGCGGAUGCGGCGUUCAGCAGAACUGCGUGGAGCCCAAACACCGCUGCAACUGCGACGCCGACCGGGCCGAGUGGUCGAGUGACUCGGGCCUGUUGACCCAUAAGGAGACUCUUCCCGUCAGAUCUCUGGUUCUGGGCGACGUCCAGAGGUCCGGAUCGGAAAGCGCCUACAGGGUGGGGCCGCUCCGUUGCCAUGGAGACAAGAACGUGUGGAACGCGGCGUUCUUCGACAAGGAGACGUCCUACCUCCACUUUCCCACCUUCCACGGAGAGCUGAGCGCCGACAUCUCCUUCCUGUUUAAGACCACUUCAUCCUCCGGCGUCUUCCUGGAGAACCUGGGCAUCAGAGACUUCAUCCGGAUCGAGCUGAGCUCCUCCACGGAGGUCCUCUUCUCCUUCGACGUGGGCAACGGCCCGCUGGAGGUUUCCGUGAAGGCCGGCUUCCCGCUGAACGACAACAGGUGGCAUCGCGUUCAAGCCGAGCGCAACGUCAAAGAGGCGACGCUUCGCCUCGACGAGCUUCCCGCUGCGACGCAGGAGGCGCCGGCCGACGGACACAUCCACCUGCAGCUCAACAGCCAGCUCUUCAUAGAUGUUUCAGCCAGUUUCAGGCCCGGAUCGUCCGUCAGCUUCACCUUAGAGGAGCCGGACAGCAGCGUCCUGCCUUCCUCUUCCUCCUCCUCCUCCUCCGUCCACUCAGAAAACAUCUCGCUGAGCUUCAGGACCAGCCAGAGUCCAGCUCUGUUGCUCUACGUGGGCUCCGACCUCCAGGAAUACGUGGCUCUGCUGCUCAACAAACAAGACCAGCUGGAGGUGAGGUACCGGCUGGACGGCAGCAGAGAACCAGAGGUCCUGAGGAGCAAAGUGAAGAAUCUCAGCAACCGACAGCUGCACCGUGUUUCCAUCAGCAGGCUGGCAGACGCUGUUUCUGUGCAGAUUGACCAGAACUCCAGAGAAGACUUCAACCUGACGUCUGACGAGGAGUUCGACGGAGUCAGGACGCUGGUUCUGGGCAGAGUCCACAAUUCUGACGGUUUGGACCCAGAGCUUUCUCAACUCGCCUCUCUGGGCUUCGCGGGCUGUUUGUCGUCGGUCCUCUUUAACUCCAUUAGCCCUCUCAAGGCUGCUCUGCUCCACCCAAACACCAGCUCCGUCACCGUCACCGGGUCGCUGGUUCGGUCCAACUGUGGCUCCACUUCGGCCAAUCAGAACGCAGCAGAAGCCACGCACCACCAAUCAGGCCAGUCGGGAUCGGCGGGAACGGGUCAGCCUUUGGUGAACGCCAUCAGGAGCGACUCGGCUCUCGUCGGAGGCGUGAUCGCCGUCGUGAUCUUCGUGAGCGUGUCCGCUCUGGCUGUGACGGCCCGGUUCCUGUACAGAAGAAAAGGCUCGUGUCAGAGUCCGGAGGUCAAAACGGUGAAACCUGAAGACAGUCCAGAACUGGCCUUCAGCAGCCAGACCAGCUCGCAGAACGGACCGACGGAGAGCCAGAGGGAGUAUUUCAUCUAGCUGGAGGUCGGACAGACAGACGGACGGAGAUGCCUUGUCAAGCCUCAGUGCUUUACAAAACAAACUGAGCCUGGACAGAACCACACAGACAGAACCUUCCUCGUGUUCUGACUUCUUUCCCUUCGUUUCUGCUCCCGUGUGUUUUUAUAGACUGUAUGAAAAACAAGGUGUUGAGUUUCUAACGUGUCGGUGGAGCUUCUGUAAAUAGAGAACGAUGGAAACCUUUACAUUCUGACUUUAUAUCGUCUCAUUGAAAUGAAAGAAACCGAGUUUUUAAUGGAACUGUUGGUUAAAAGCUGCUGUGAUGCGAAGUGA